CAAUCAGGUCGUUUAAAAAUUUCUACUAACCCGUAAAAUUACAGGAACCUGCGUUUUUCGAGUCGAUGAACACUCCACCAUUUUUCAAAAUGUCAAAUGUCACCCAUUUUGUUUAACGAAUUUGAGGUUAUCAGUGAUUCAACUAAAACUCUUAAAUCGUCGAUAUUUUAAAUAAACAUGUCUGAAACGGCCGGAAACUGGUGUUUGAUCGAAAGCGACCCCGGAGUUUUUACAGAAUUAAUCCGCGAGUUCGGUGUAAAAGGUGUCCAAGUGGAAGAAUUGUGGAGUCUCGAGCCCGAGCAGUUCGAAAAGUUAAAGCCCAUCCAUGGUCUCAUAUUUUUGUUCAAAUGGACCAAAGACGACGAACCCAGCGGCUCGAUCGUGCAAGACACCCGUUUAGAGAAGAUAUUUUUCGCCAAACAAGUCAUAGAAAACGCGUGUGCAACGCAGGCGAUUUUAAGUGUGUUAUUAAAUUGUCGACAUGCUGAUUUAAAGUUAGGUCAUACUUUAACUGAACUUAAAGAUUUCUGUCAAGGUUUUGAUGCAAAUAUGAAAGGAUUAACUAUAAGUAAUUCGCCUGUUAUUAGGUCGGUUCAUAAUUCUUUUGCUAGACAGCAGAUUUUUGAGUUUGAUCCUUCUUUGGCUAACAAAAAUGAGGAUGUUUUUCACUUUGUUAGUUACGUGCCCAUAGAUGGGAGACUCUACGAACUCGACGGUCUCAAAACGGGGCCCAUCGACUUGGGGCCGCUCACGGCCGACACCGACUGGACGGACGUCGCUCGCCCCAUCAUCGAGAAGAGAAUACAGAGGUACACCGAGGGCGAAAUUCACUUCAAUCUAAUGGCGAUAGUGAGCGACAGAAAAAUGCUCUAUCAAAGGCAAAUAGACAACUUACAAAAAUGCGUUGACGAAUCCGGGAUGGAAACAGACUCCCAACAAGCUGAAAUUGCACGCUUGCGUUUGCUCAUUGAAGACGAGGACAAUAAACGAAGUCAAUAUCGCAUCGAAAAUAUUAGACGCAAACACAACUAUUUGCCUUUGAUAGUGGAAAUUUUAAAAAUUUUGGCCAAAGAAGGAAAACUAAUGACGCUAUAUGAACAGGCCAAGCAAAAAACUUUGAAAAAACAAAAGGCCAAAAUGUCGUCUUAACACUUUUUCUACUAAUAAACAAUUUCAAACAGA